AUGGCCGCUGCGGCCGGUAUCCGUGUUGCGGUUGGCGCGCAGCUCAGCAAUCUCGCGUUGAUUGAUGGCGAGAUUCAGGCAGUGUGCGACGGCUACGCCCGGAACCACUGGGCUAUUGAGACAGUCUACGUUGGCAGCGAGAACCUCCGGAACAACGGAUUUGGCCAGUACUCGGCGGACGAGCUCGUGGGCUUUAUCAACCGCGUCAAGCAGUGUGUGGGCAACGCGCCUGUUGGAUCCGUGCAGCGCAUCAACGAGUGGCUGAGCGCCGACGGUACGUCGAAACUCGCGAACGCAGUGGACAACAUCGGCGUCACCAUCUACCCGUUCUUCACGCCCGGCGGGCAGCCGUCGGUACAGAAGCUGCAGGCGCAAUGGGACCAGAUGACGGGCAAGUUUGGUCCGGACAAACUGCACCUGACCGAGACGGGCUGGCCGUACGCGGGCGAGAGCUACGCCGGCAAUCAGCCGUCGCGCGAAGGCACGCAGCAGUACCUGAACGACUACGUCGCGUGGUCGCGCGACAAGGGCCGGUCGUACUGGUUCAUGAUGUACGACACGACGGUGAGCUACACGGGGGCGCAGCACGAGAAGCACUUUGGGCUCUUUGACAAUGACAUGUCGCUCAACGUGAACAUCCCGACACAAUGUCUGAAGAAGCCCAUCAUUUACCCAUACAGUAUGUAA